AUGGGUCCAGAUCGUUUCUGCAGUUUUAAUCAAUCAGAUCCCUGUUACGCAGCUGUGGGAGACAAACUCAAUCUGCUGAUGGUGCGGGACGCUCGAGAUCAAGAGCUGCAUUUGUAUAAGGAGUUAAUGGAUAGCAGAGAACUUGAAGUUUUUAGAAUAAUGAACAAAAAAAAGAAAAAACAUGAAUCCAUCAGAAACAGAUCUGAGUUCAUCUUUGAUAAUGGGACUCUGAUAAUAAACCGUGUGAUCAGAGCAGAUUCAGGGACUUACAUAUUAGAACUCUAUGACUCAGACGGCUCAAGAACAUUUAAAAAACAUCUUCCUGUUAAUAUUGAAGCUCCUAUUGGCUCAGUGGAAGUGUCAAUCAGCUGCUUCUCCAAUCAGAGGUCAGUGUCCUGCUCAUCUGAUGGCGAUCAGAUCAUCUACAACUGGACUCUGAAUGGAGAAAUGCUUGAACAAGGAUCAAUGGAUGGAAACACCACCAUUCAGCUAAAUGAGGGAACUGAUGGAAACAUCAGCUGCAGCGUGAAGAACCAUGUUAGUCACGCCCAGAAGACCAUUAGAGUCAAACCCUGUCCUGUGUCUGUGGUGUUUGUGCUGGUCUGGUGUUUCCAGCUGAUGGUUCUGUUGGGUCUGUUAGGAGGUUUUCACAUCUACAUGAGACACACGUCAGGAAAGAAGCAGGAAGAUCAGAAAGUGAGGAUGAGAAGAUUUAGAGAAGGACCUGAACACACAGCAGAAGAUUCAUGAGAGCAGCAGCAGAUCUUCUGUAUUUUAUGUUUUUUAACGUUUAGCCACACUUGUAUUUUUUUAU